AUGAAGCUUUAUGCUGACUCUUCAAGAGUGGAGAGAACUUUCCAAGAGGGGGAUUUGGUCUACCUCAAACUUCAGCCCUACAGACAAGAUUCAGUGUCUCUUAGAAGAAAUUUUAAACUAUCUUCCAAAUACUAUGGACCCUUCAAAGUCUUACACAAGGUAGGUGUUGUGGCCUAUAAACUGGAUCUACCUUCACAUUCAAGGAUCCAUCCAGUCUUCCAUGUCUCCCAGUUGAAACAACACAUUGGUAUGAAACACAAUCCCUCUCCUACUCUACCUGUUGUUGAUCUCAAUAGUGAAGUUAUCAUGUUGCCAGAGAAGGUGUUACAGACUAGAACAGUGCUUAGAGGGAUACAACACAAAGGUGACCACUCAUUUCCUAGACGACUUCUACAACCUCUUCCAAUCCCUGACACAGCUUGGAAGGACAUAUCCCUAGACUUCAUUGAAGGCAUUAUACGGGCACCAACCUCCUCACUUAGUGUUUCCAAUUCCUACUCUACUUCUGUGACCACUGUUGAAGAUUACUUGCAUGAAAGGGAUCUUAUGCUACAACUGCUUAAACAUGACCUUUCUAAAGCUCAGAGACGGAUGAAGUUCUUCGCAGAUCAGAAACGAUCAGAUAGGGAAUUUGCAGUAGGUGACAUGGUGUUUCUGAAGCUUCAACCAUACAGGAAGACUUCAGUUGCUAUUAGGAAGAACUUCAAACUUUCUCCUAAAUACUUUGGGCCAUUUGAGGUUAUCCAACGGAUUUGUGCUGUUGCGUAUAAGUUGAAGCUACCGGUUGGUUCUCGCAUUCACCCUAUAUUUUAUGUGUCCCAACUAAAGAAGAAGAUUGGUCUUAAUGCUGCAACCAUGCCUCAGCUACCUCAAGUUGAUCACAAUGUCCAUUAUGUGAUUGAACCAUUGGAUAUUCUGGAUCGCAGACUUACACUCCGUAAUAACUCAUCAGUGCCUCAAGUCUUGGUUCAUUGGUCUAACUCAUCCCUAGAAGAUGCAACAUGGGCAGACACGGUGCACAUCCAGUCUCAGUUCCCUGAUUUCAUCCUUGAGGACAAGGAUGCUUAA